UAGAAACAGAUUUAAACUUGACGUUUCUUUGUUUAUGCAAAUAAAUAAAAUCAACGAACACUUGCCGAACUAAAUUAUCGAGUUGUUAAUGUUUUUCCUUUCUUUUCUUUGUGGGUCGAGGCAAUCUGCGUUGAACAUGGAGUGGAGAACAUACAAUUCAGUGUGGUGAGUCAUACAUUAUCGUUUUCUCUCCUCUUUCAAACUGGUUUUCUCCCUGUUCAAAUAAAAGUUGGAACCGCGAAAUCUAGAGCGCAUACGAUGAUAAUGAGAAGUUCCUGCCGAAACGCACAAGGAAUCACACACUACCCUCAACCAGAAACACUAAAUUCACAUCAAUUUGGCCAAAACCAAAACCCCUUAAACCCAAAACCCCCCAAAGCAAGCUCCGAUUCCCUCUGCUCCAUAAAUUGGCAUGGUCUUGUAAGGAAUUACAUCUCUCGAGGAGAACCAAGAGAAGCCCUCCUUUUAUACACCCGAAAUCGCUCCAAAGGAAUAUACAUUUUAGGCGUAGCCCCUUUGCUUCUCAAGGCUUGUGCUUCUCUUUCUAUGCUACACCAUGGGAAAGCUUUGCACGCCGAGUCCAAGAAGACAGGAGCGGAUUCUGAUGUAAUGGUGGGAACCUCAUUGGUGGGCAUGUACGGAAAGUGUGGUGAUAUUGUCAAUGCUCGUAAAGUGUUUGAUUAUAUGCCCGAGAGAAACGCGGUGACGUGGAAUGCAAUUAUAGGAGGGUACUUGAAGCAUGGAGACACAAAAUCCGCUUCUUUCUUGUUUGACCAGAUGCCAAUGCCUCGAAAUUCCGUGACUUGGAUUGAAAUGAUCGAUGGGUUUGCAAGGAGGGGAGAUACUACAGCUGCCAGGUGUUUUUUUGACCGGGUUCCGCCAGAGUUGAGGACUGUGGUGACAUGGACCGUGAUGGUUGAAGGGUAUGCGAGAAAUGGGGAGAUGGAGGCUGCAAGGGAAGUUUUUGAGGAGAUGCCACUGAGGGAUUUUUUUGUUUGGUCAUCAAUGAUUUCUGGGUAUUUCAGGAAGGGUGACAUUCAUGAGGCGAGAGCCAUUUUUGAUCAGAUUCCUGUUCGGAAUUUAGUGAAUUGGAAUGCGUUAAUUUCUGGCUAUGCACAAAAUGGGUUUUGUGAGGAAGCUUUGGAAGCAUUUGACAGAUUGCGAGGUGAGGGAUUUGAGCCAGAUGAAGUUACAACAGCAAGUGUUUUAUCAGCUUGUGCUCAAUUGAGUCUCUUGGAUGCUGGGAAGGAAAUCCAUCAUAUGAUAAAUCAUAAGGGGAUAAAGCUGAACCUGUUUGUCAGCAAUGCUUUAAUUGACAUGUAUGUAAAAUGUGGAGACUUGACCAAUGCUAGGUUAAUAUUUGAAGGGAUGCCCCAAAGGUACAAUGCCUGUUGGAAUGCUAUGAUCUCUGGUUUUGCCAUGCAUGGACAAAUCAAUGAGGCUCUUGAAUUUUUUGGCAGAAUGGAGGAUUCAAGUGAGAAACCUGACGAAAUAACCUUUCUCUCUGUGCUUUCAGCUUGUGCACAUGGGGGAUUUCUGAAGGAAGGUUUAGAAAUUUACUCUAAUAUGGAGAAAUAUGGCGUGUUGCCAAGCAUCAAACACUAUGGCUGUUUGGUAGACCUUCUGGGACGAGCAGGAAGAUUACAGGAGGCUUAUGACUUGAUCAAGGGAAUGCCAGUAAGACCGAAUGGUACAGUUUGGGGAGCUCUGCUUGGAGCUUGCAGGAUUCAUAUGGACACGGAGAUCACAAAGCAGGUGGUGGAAGAGUUUGGAACACCUGCUGCACCAGAUUGUAACACUACAGGUUCUGGAGAUGACUCACAGUUUGUGCUGCUUUCUAAUAUUUAUGCUGCUUCUGAUAGAUGGGAAAAGGCUGAAAGGACAAGGAUGGUGAUGGUGAAUAAGGGAUUUCAGAAGACACCCGGGUGUAGUUCAAUAUCGCUCACUAGCAUAACACACCAAUUUGAUCCAAUACCUAAUAAAUCAUUAGCUGUGUAGCAGAGUCCAGCCUCUCCCCCGCCCAGAUGAGCGGACUCAUACAACUCAAAAACAUGCUCUGGAUUUUCUAGUACUCAUUAAACUACUAAUUGAUGGUAUGACGUGAGAUUAUGACUAAUUGUAAAAGUUGUGUGUGCAUCUGUGGAUGUAUAUAUAUAUGUAUAUAUAUAUAAUAAGCACAAUUGUACAAUAAAAAAAGAACAUAUUUUAUCUUUAACA